AUGAAACAGUACGCCGUUUGGCUUUGGUUUCGUUCAAUCUUCUUUCUUUCUCUUUGGUUCGUGUCGCCAUUUUGUGUGGUUAAGUUCACAUUGCACAGGCAUUUAAAAUUUGAAAUAUUUAUAGUAAACGUUAAACGUGUGUAUUCUUGAGGUUGUGCUUUUUUCGUGUACUUAUAUUAGUUUAAGAGUCUAAAAUGCCGGGCGCCGGUACUUUCAAAAUCUUCGUCGGGAAUCUUUCCGAUAAAACAACGGACGCCGAUCUUAGACCGCUAUUCGAAAAAUACGGUACGGUCGUAGAAUGCGAUAUCGUCAGAAAUUACGGUUUCGUACACAUGGAAAACGAACAAGUUGGCCGCGAAGCCAUACAGAAUUUAAACGGAGAGAUAGUUCAUGGCCAGGCCAUCAAAAUAGAAGCCGCCAAGAGCCGAAAGGCCCCGUCGACGCCGACCACAAAAAUAUUCGUCGGUAACCUAACGGACAAGACGCGCGCGCCCGAAGUCCGCGAGCUGUUUCAGAAGUUCGGCACGGUUGUCGAGUGCGAUAUAGUUCGUAACUAUGGCUUCGUGCACCUGGACGCGUCGGGUGACGUGAACGAAGCUAUCAAAGAACUGAACGGUAUGAUGGUGGACGGACAGCCCAUGAAGGUGCAGCUGUCUACGAGCCGCGUCCGCCAGCGGCCGGGUAUGGGCGACCCCGAGCAGUGCUACCGCUGCGGUCGGGGCGGCCACUGGUCCAAGGAGUGCCCCAAGGCGCUGGGCCCUGACCGGAACGGUUUCCGCGAUCGAGCAUUCGGCCGCGACCCCUACCCUCCGCCGCCGCCGCCGCCGUUCCUUCGCGAUCGCAUGAUGGGAGGAUUUGGGGAUCCCUAUGACGGGUACUAUGAUCGUGCGAGGUUCGAGUCACCUCGGGACCUCUUCGAGCGCCGCUACCCAGUGGGCGCUUCGCGCGGGUUAGAGAUGGGUGCUUCUCGCGGUGGGCGUGGGGACUUCGUGUCGCCGCCGCUGCGCCGCGAGCCUAUGCCGCCAAUGCCGAGCCUGCCACCGAUGCGCAGUGGGAUGGGAUCUAUGAGGUCGUCGUAUGAUGCUAUGUACAGCAGGAGAAGUCCCCCUCAAGGGCCUCAAAUGUCCCGGGGAAUGUACGAAGACUUCAGUCGUGACACAUUUGAUGAUAGAAGACCGGGUAUGCGAGGACCUUCUCCCUCCAGAAGAUACGCGCCUUACUAGGAAUAUUAAAUAUUUAGAUAUAGUUGUCCAACGCUCAGUUGCAAUCAAUUUGUAAUUUUUUGACUGGCUGACAGAUAGUACUGUUUUAUAGAGAAUACAAUUGUAUAAGUUAAGGUGGGAGUGACUGAUUUGCUAUUUCCACAAGUAUGAUUGGCAUGGAAGAUUUAUGUAUGAAUGUUAUGUGCCUGAAUGUAAAUAAGUGAAAUAAAAUAUCAUUUUAAGUACA